CGCGGUGUUCGAGGUGCGUAUAUUUUUAUUUUAUUUGUUUUUUUUUUCUCACUAUUUUGAAUUUUUACAAUCAUAUGCACCUUCCUAAUUGACCAGAGAAGAUAUUGAUGCGCUUUUGUGUUGCUUUGGCUUGUCAAAAAGUGUUUGGAAAGCUGCAGAAUGAGCACCGUCAACUCCUCCGAUCCGCGGCGUCCGGCGCGCGUGACGCGCUACAAGUCGCCACUGGCGGUGAACCCCAACUCGAGCGCCCCGGUGCCCGGCGAGGACCCCACCGCCGACUACAUGAACGUCCUAGGCAUGAUCUUCAGCAUGGUCGGCCUCAUGAUGCGCGUCAAGUGGUGCGCCUGGGUGGCCAUCAUGUGCUCCUGUGUCAGCUUCGCCAACUCGCGCAUCAACGACGACACCAAGCAGAUCCUGAGCAGCUUCAUGCUCUCCAUCUCUGCGGUGGUGAUGUCGUACCUGCAGAAUCCGGAGCCGAUGAAGCUGCCCUGGGAGAUGCUCUCGUGAGGACGUGUCUGCCCUGUCGUCCGGAAGCUUCCCCGGACGGCGGGGUUUGGGGACGGUGACUGGCGCGUGCGUUUCGUGCGGUGACAUGAGAGUGGGGACUGGGGAGUGGGACUCCGUUUUGAGUGGAUGCGUGCAUGAAAAUCGUCAUCCGAUUGUUCUCGUCUCUCUGCCGUAACGAUCCGAUCUUGUUUGAAAAUGUCAGUGUCGUUUGCAGAUGCUGAACGAAUGACUCAUUUACGUUCGACCCUAGACCAGUCGACCAGACCAGACAAGUCUCCACCUCAAUUUCUUUACCAGUUAUUGUCGACGUUGAACAUUGGACUAGAACCCGCCUAUCAAAUAUCUAGCGAGUGUCGUAGUGUUCUUCCAUGACUUCAGCUGAAUGCACCCUGGAAACGAUUUUAAUGGCGAUUAUAUAUUGUUAACGUGUUUAUUUGUCAUAUGUGGCUAGUUGUUAUCGGAGAUAAAAUUUGCACUAGAUAUGAUUUCAUGAUUGUGGCAUGUUUAUUGUUCAGUGUUUACCGAAUAGAGAAACGUCAGCUGUCAUAAUUGUUUUACGUUUUUUUUAUGUGUUUGCAUGUUUGCCUUGCGAUAUUCCCAAGCAUUGCAUUGAACGAUUUAUCCAUACAUGGUGAAAUAAAUAUCCUCAACACUUUA